UAUUGACGAACCUCUCUUGAUCAGCCAUCAUCAUGGUGAAGUAUUGCAUUUUACGAAGCUGUAAGUAAAAUUUGCGUAAGUCUCAAAGAUUUUAUUUUUUACUAAAUUAUAUAAAAGUUACACAAAUAUCAUGUUUUUCACAAAACCAAAAAAUAAUUGUACAUUUUGAAAUUUGGAAAGUCAUGCAAAAGCUUGAACAUUCUUGAAGAAUGUUCGUUUGGAUCCAGCAAGUGACAGGCCGAGUUUGCUCCCGCCAGCGUCUUUACCAGUCUAUAAUCAAAGCUGAUGAUGAAAAUUUCAUUGGCUUGAUAUUCAACGCAUAGGAAGAGAGUGCAAAUUUCGUGCGCCUGCUUGUCAUAGGUAGGGAUUGUGAGAGUGGCUUGCUGGGACUGAUUGUUUUUCAAAUGUAAUCAUCAUUGACCUUCCUGAAAUUUUCCCGUUCUGGUCAAUAAUACCUAUUACCUGGUUGUGAUUGUGAGAAAAAGACCAAUUUCUAAACCAUUCUACAAGUGAUCGUCGGAAGAAGCACAAGCCAUCAAAAAAAUGGAAAAUUCAGGCUCCAAAAAACGAUUGUUCAGCCAAAUUGCUGAACGAUUCAUCGUGACAUCCGAAGGUACUUCCAGCAAGAGCAGAAAUGGGAAGGAGGAGCGCUUGUUCAGUUGCGCCAUAGAUCAGUUUUCCGGUUGCCUAUACACACAACGAGGUCCGAAAUGUGAUAUCGGAAAUUUUAUAAGACAUUUCCGCAGCGUGCAUCCUACGGAAGCUCUGGAACAUCACCUAUUCCGGGACGGAGAUCAACCACCGGAGAAAGUAGCGAGGACUUCGAAAAUCAGUGUGCAUCUUUCUAAAGCGGAAGUUUUAGAAGCUUGCCUAAAGCUGGUGACGAAACAUAAUCUCCCUCUUGCUUGUUUUGGGUGGGAAGGAAUGAGAAUGAUUUUGAGCCCGCUUUCAGACGCGUUGGGCUUAGAAUUUGAUCAAGUCAACGUAAAAUUUCAAGUGGAAGCUGCAUCUCGUGAAAUGAAAAGGGGCAUCAUGAAUGAAGUGCGUGGCAAAUUAGUUUCCCUGAAAAUAGAUUCGGCUUCCCGUCGAUCGCGUCACGUUCUGGGGGUGAAUAUACAGUACGAGACAAGUGGCCAAAUUGUUAUUCGAACCAUAGGAGUGGUCGAGGCUAGACAGAGCCAACCUGCCAUGAUUUUGAAAGAGAAAAUAAUCGAUAUUCUCAAAGAAUUUGGAAUUACCACUGAUCAAAUAUUUACGGUAACAACGGAUAACGGGUCCAAUAUGAUAGCGGCUGUCAAAGAAUUGCAGGAAGAUAUUGAAUCAGUGACCAAUAGCAACAACGACGAAAUUUUCAUCGAGGACGCUGCAGAUGAACAUUGUCAGUGUAUCGUAGACUCCGUUGUCGAAGAGUUCCGUGGUCAGGUUGAAAUAAUCCGCUGUUGUGUACAUACUCUGCAGCUCGCCGUAACAGAAGUGAUUGAAAAAAAUUACCACUUCAUAAAAGAAAUUACAACUAUAAUAAAAGAUUCAAGAAAAACGGAAUACCAAUUCUACUUCAAUAAGCACGAAGCACAGCAUCCACCGUUGUGGUGUUUUACGCGAUGGUCGGGGCGGUACAAAAUGAUGAAGGUCGUUACGAAACAAGAGAAAUUUUUCCGAGGUCUCGCAGAAGAGUUCAGUGAGCUCACUUUUCGGGAAGACCAAUGGAUUUUCAUGCACGAUUUUGUUAAUGCCUUUCGUCAUAUACAUAAAUUAAUCAAGGAUAUGCAAAGAAGGCAUUUAGGCCUCAGUGAUUUUUAUAUUCUGUGGAUUGGAGCUAUGGUUCAAGUGGAGCAGUCCAAGGAAAGUAAUCUAUUUAGCGGCCCCCUUUUGAAAGCCCUUAAUGAGCGGCUUAAAAAUCUUAUGGAGAACGAGGUGGUCCAAGCGGCCAUAUAUUUAGAUCCGAGACUUAAUUUUCUGGGGUCUCAUAUAUUUUCUGCAAGUGAGAAAGUUCACGUUCAGCGAUAUAUAUGCAAGCUUUUGAAAAAAAUGCAAAACUUGAAACCGACCUCAUAUUCAGAUAAAAACCUUACGACCACCAUGGAAAUAAAAACGGAAAAACUGCUAUCUGUUGAUGAUUACAUCACAAAUAGAUUAGCCAGUGAUUCGUUGAUGUUUGGAGAAAGUGCGACACCGUUCGAAGUUCAGCUGAGGCAGCUAGAUAUCGAAGCAAGACAGCCAAGUUCUUACGACGUAUGGAGUCAUUGGGUUGCCCGUAAAAGCACGUAUCCUGAGCUGCAUGAAGUUGCCAUGGUUGUACUUGGAACUCCCUCUUCGCAAGUAUCUGUUGAAAGAAGUUUUAGUGCAUUGGCUCUCUAUCUCUCCGACAUACGCAUGGAUCUGGACACUCAAACCAUGGAAAAUAUUCUGAUGGUUAAAUUAAAUGUGGACAUGUUAAGUAAAGUGAAAAAAAUAUUAUUCAGUAAUGUAUAACAAUAAAAGAGUUUGGUUAUUAGUUUGAUAAA